GAUGACUGGACCAACAGUAUUCUUAUGAGCUACCUGCCACCCUUUACUACAGAUUUAGAGAUGAGAAAUCCUGAUUUCUCCCUGAGUUUACAAGAGUUGGAGACAGAACUGGAUGUGGCAAGGACACAGGCCCUCUUUGCCUACCAGCAACAGGUGAUGUGUGUGACCAGGCUAAUCAAAGAGGUCAAGACCUUACGUGAACAGCUAGAUCUACAACAUGAGAAAGUGGAGCACCUCAGCACCAAGCUAGAACUCGAAAAACAAAAGCGGCAUGAAAUAGAGCGCAGGUUUUUGAUGUACAAACUAAAGACCACACAACAACUGUUGGACAACUUCGUUCCAGACUCAAGUGUUCAAGAACCAAAUGAGCAUUCAAAUUCAAGAGAAUUAAAGCAAGAAAUGGCACAAUCAGAAGAAACUGUCAUCCAAACACUAGAGGGUGCCGAAAGCUGUGAAUAACUGCUACAUACUACUUU